AUGGAGGACGGUGCUGCAGCAGAUCUACCAAUGCAAGAGAACGACGAGCUUGUUGCGUUAGUGGUAGGCGGUUGUGGACAAUUGGGCUAUGGGAUCACGAAGGCCCUGCUUAACGACCCUGCAUAUACGGAGGUUCAUGUAUUCUCUCGAAACCCAACGAUCAACCUUUUGCCGGGAGCAAAAUAUCACGCUGGCAGUGUUACUGAUCGAGAAGGUGUCGAGAAGUUGAUCUGCGAAGUCAAACCAACCAUAAUCUUUCACUGCGCUUCUCCCUCUUACGACAGUGGUAAUUCAAAGCCCAAACUUUUCCACGAUGUCAAUGUGCAGGGUACGAGAAAUCUCCUCGAUAGCGCUUUGAAAAGUACCUCAACUCGAGCGUUCGUUUACACUUCCAGUUUUACCGUCCAUCAGCAGCCGUUCAACUUCACAGAAGAAACAGGGCCAUUGGUCAACGAAGCAUCAAUCGGAAAUGCGGACUACUAUCCAGCUGCGAAAGCAGCGGCCGACGUACUUGUUUUGGAAGCAAAUAAUCCAGAAAAGCUUAGUACUUGUUGCCUGCGAAUUUCAUCACUAUUCGGAGAGCGGGACACCGGUGUUGUCACACCAAUGAUUCGUGCCCUUGAGACAGGACAACAAAAAUAUCAGAUUGGUGAUAAUAGCGCACUUUACGAGGCGGUAUCUGUGAAUAACGCUACUACGGCGCAUCUAUUAGCCGGAAGAGCGCUUCUAUAUCCAAAAGAUGGAACCGGAGCCAGAGUAGAUGGAGAAGCAUUCCUUAUAUCCAAUGGUAGGCCAGUCCCCUUCUGGGACAUAUGCCGGAAAGUGUGGAAAGCUUCGGAUGAAGAAGCUCGGCUCGACUCAGUGACCGUUGUGCCAACAUGGCUGAUCAUUGGACCUGCUAUGGUAUUUCAAUACAUAUUCUGGUUCCUUACUUGCGGUACAAGAUUGGCCCCGGGAAUGCAGCCUUGGGCUGUCAAGAUGUUCGCUCGCCCAAACACUAUCUCGAUUGAGAAAGCUAGAAGAGUGCUUGGCUAUGAGCCUGCUGAUGAUUUGGAUGAGACUAUUCUUGCUGCUGUUGCCUGGUGUAAGGUCGCGAUGGCAGAGACAGCCCCUUAG